GGCGGCGCGGCGGCUCGGAGGAGGCCGCAGAGGAGGAGGGCGGCGUCCAUGAGGCCGGCCCGUGCCUGGAGGAGGAGGCCAUGAACGGCGACCGGACCGAGAGCGACUGGCAGGGGCUGGUGAGCGAGUACCUGGUGUGUAAAAGAAAGCUGGAGAGUAAGAAGGAGGCCCUGCUGAUCCUUUCCAAGGAGCUGGACACAUGCCAGCAGGAAAGGGACCAGUACAAACUCAUGGCCAAUCAGCUUCGAGAGCGCCACCAGUCCCUAAAGAAGAAGUACCGUGAGCUGAUUGAUGGAGAUCCGUCACUUCCGCCUGAAAAGAGGAAACAGGCUAAUCUUGCACAACUAUUGAGAGAUUCUCAGGACCGAAAUAAACAUCUGGGAGAAGAAAUUAAAGAACUUCAGCAAAGGCUUGGAGAAGUCCAGGGCGACAAUAAGCUCUUGAGAAUGACAAUUGCCAAACAGAGGCUGGGAGACGAAGAAAUCGGCGUGCGGCACUUUGCAGCCCACGAGCGUGAAGAUUUGGUUCAGCAGCUGGAGAGGGCAAGGGAACAGAUUGAGUCUCUGGAGCAUGACCUGCAGGCCUCUAUGGACGAGCUUCAGGAUGUUAAAGAAGAGCGGUCUUCCUACCAGGACAAAGUCGAGAGGCUCAACCAGGAGCUAAACCACAUCCUGAGCGGCCACGAAAACCGAAUCAUUGACGUGGAUGCCCUGUGUAUGGAGAACAGGUACCUUCAAGAGAGAUUAAAGCAACUUCAUGAAGAGGUCAACCUCUUGAAAUCUAACAUUGCCAAAUACAAGAAUGCUCUUGAGAGACGGAAAAACUCAAAAGGCCAGGGUAAAUCCAGCAGCAGCGCUCUGACUGGAGUCCUGUCUGCAAAGCAAGUUCAGGAUCUGUUAUCUGAGGAUCACGGGUGCAGUCUCCCAGCGACUCCGCAGUCCAUUUCUGAUCUGAAAUCUCUGGCAACAGCCCUGUUGGAGACAAUCCAUGAGAAAAACAUGGUGAUCCAGCACCAGAGGCAGACCAACAAAAUCCUAGGGAAUCGGGUGGCUGAACUGGAGAAAAAAUUAAGAACUCUGGAAGUUUCUGGUUUGUGGAGUCUUCCAGGCCUGAGCUACAAUGUUUCCAUAGGAUUUGGGAGAGGCAAAGACACCAUACUGUUUGGUGACCCCGCUCUUCCCACCACGCAGAGGUCGCGAUCCCCACUGCUCAAGUUCGUCGAGCAGCUCACUGAGAACAAAGCGAGUCCCAAGGAUGGGGAGGCUCAGAAGCCAGAACGAGAUGAAAGUCGUGCCGCUGCCGAGGCGUUGACGGUGCGGGAGGAUGCUGGGAGGCCCGCCGUUAGCUCCCCAGCAAAUCAGAGCCACAGGAACCAACGCAAGCACUUUCAUCCCUCAUUACCCCAGCUACCUUCUGAGGAAGAAGAAGUAAACAGGCUUGGAAGGGAGAUCGUGAACCUGGCAGAGGAGCAGGCAGCUGCCAAACCAGAAGGGGUCACAAGCGAGAGUUCCGUGGAGAGUCGGAGGGACAAGAUGGCGCCAUCCCCGCCGGGCCUGGCCGCCAAUGGGUCGUGCCCCAAACCUUGCCCGGACUCUGCCGAGUCCAGCCAGCCUGCAGCAGAAGCUCCCACCCUGGAAGAUGGCAAGGAGACCCCAGAGAGUGGAGGUAAAAGGAACACCAUGAAAACUUGAAGGGGAAAGAGGUCAGGCAUGAUGACACAUCGAAGGCACCCGGGACGGUAAAGAAUUAAACAUCAGAACAGCUCAGCGAAGUCACUUUCUCCUAAAACACCUCCAAGUCUGCAAGUGGAAAAGGACACACAGCUCCUGUUGCAAACUGUGAAUAUUCUGAUGAUGCCAGCACAGUUCGAUUUAUUAAAUGCGGGUCCUCAA